CAAUUUUUUUCAUAUAAAGUAUGGACAGAGUUAGAUAGUUGAUUAGGUAAUUCAUAAAAUAAUUAUAUGAUAAUUAUAUAAUAAUGAUAAUUCACUUAAAAAAUUCACACUUAAUUUCGAAAUAGUUUAUAUGCAUGUUUUUGUUUGCUGUUUGUAGAUAGUUAAGGAAAGAGUUAGUUAAGGAAACUAUAAAAUCUGAGGUUUAAAUGGUGAGAUAGACUGCAUGAGUGCAUUUAUAUGGAUUAGAUAAUGUCCAGUGAGUGUGAGUAUGUUUUUGGCUCUCUGGCCCCAGGAGCAAAAUGUGAAUACAACCAACAACACACUGUUGUCUCUCAGCCUGUCACUCUCAUAGUCAUGACUAAAGGGAGGAAGACACCAGGCGGCUCAGGUGACAAGGCAAUGAUGAAGCAUCCCAAGCCUGUUUUCACCAAGGUCUCAGCACAGACUCAUCUGGAGCAGAAGCUCUCUGUGUGCAGCAAACUGUGUUUCGCUAUCGGAGGGGCACCUAAUCAAGUUGCAGGAAGUGCAACUGCUUUUUUCUUACAGAUAUUUCUGCUAGACGUCGCACAGAUAAACCCAUUUCAGGCCUCUCUGGUGCUGUUCAUUGGGAAAGCUUGGGGUGCGGUUACUGAUCCUGUUGUGGGAUUCUUCAUCACUAAAAGCAGAUGGACAAAAAUUGGCCGACUCAUGCCAUGGAUGGUGGGCUGCACUCCAUUUACCGUAGUGUCCUACUUCUACUUGUGGUUUGUUCCCCCUUUCACCAAUCAGAGGUACAUCUGGUAUCUGGGCUUCUACUGCCUCUACCAAACUCUCAUCACAUGUUUCCAUGUGCCUUACUCAGCGCUGACCAUGUUUCUGAGCACGGACCAGCAGGAAAGAGACUCAGCUACAGCAUACCGUAUGACCAUGGAGGUGUUGGGAACGCUGGUUGGUGCAGCCAUCCAGGGUCAGAUUGUAGCAAGUGCUCAUACUCUAAAACACUGCCCCCAUAACAACAUGUCAGCUGGUCACCUGGGAAACGGCAGUGGAAUGGAGGUCAUCCGAAGCUUGGCGCUGUCACAGGACUUCCUGUCACAUGCAAAAGAAGUGUACAUGAUUGCUGCUGGGGUGAUCGGGGCACUCUUUCUUAUCUGUACAGUUGUGAUGUUCCUGGGAGUCAAAGAGAGAGAUGAUCCUUAUGCACUAAAGACAGAGAAACCCAUUCCUUUCCAUAAGGGCUUUCUGCUGGUGAUGAGACAUGGACCAUAUCUCUCCCUCACAGCAGCUUUCCUCUUCAUAUCAGUGGCCAUCCAGCUGAUCCAGAGUAACUUUGUGCUGUUCUGCACGUAUGCAGUGGAUCUUCGGGAUCACUUUCAAAAUAUAGUGCUAACAAUUCUGAUGUCUGCAGCCUUGAGCAUCCCGUUCUGGCAGUGGUUCCUACAGAGGUUUGGCAAGAAGACAGCAGCGUUCUGUGGAAUUACGUGGAUCAUGCCCUUCACUGUGAUGCUGGCAUUCGUUCCAAACUUGUUGGUGGCUUAUGUGGUGGCUGUGUCGUCUGGACUGAGUGUAGCUGCGUCACUACUCUUACCCUGGUCAAUGUUGCCAGACGUCGUGGAUGACUUCAGACUGGCAAACCGCAACUCGAAGGGCCACGAGGCGAUUUUCUACUCCUUCUAUGUUUUCUUCACCAAGUUCGCGGCAGGGAUCUCUCUGGGAGUGUCCACUCUCUGUUUAGAAUUUGCAGGCUAUGACACAGGAGCAUGUAGGCAGCCCAAUGCAGUAGUGUACACUCUGAAACUCCUGAUUGGCAUGGCCCCCGUGGCGUUUAUCAUCACAGGCCUUGUGAUCCUCCUGCUGUACCCCAUCAGUGAAGAUGUGAGACAGAGAAACAAACUGGCCCUAGAGGAUCUCAGAAACCAGACUAUAAAUUGCAGCUGCCUCAGAGAAGACUUGAACAGUGUAUAGGCCCUUUACACAUCACAGAUUCAGAUUCCAGCUUGGCCCUGGGAUGAGAUGUGUUAGUGUACAUUACACUGUGUUAAAUAUAUUAGAGUUAACAUUUUGUUUCUGUAUUUUUAAAUGAUAUAAUAAUCUGCAUUGUAUAUAAACAGUAUGUACCUAAUUUAUAUGAAUGAAUGUACAGUAUGUUUCUUUCUCUCUUUUUUUUUUUUUUUUUGGAAGUAAGCUAAAAUGGCCUGUGUUAAGUAUUACAAAUGGAUAUUAUUUAUUUGAGUUCAAUUUAAUUGAAAGCAAUAUAAUGGUGCUGUUAACAUGGAUUUGUCACUCUGAAACACUAUAUUAUAAAACACUAUAGUACAAUUUAUUAGUACAAUAUACCUCAUGUUCAGAUAAUAAAGUAAUAAAUAAUCUGA